AUGUCUCCAUUAAAGCACAACUGGGACGACUCCAAACCACGAAACAAAUCAAUCUACCUCUGGGACGCUGGUCUUUGGACGGCUUGCCAAGAGUCAAGAGACGUUGUCGCCAAACACUGGGGAAAGCAGCCGCGACCAUAUAAUGACGACGAUAUGUUGGACUGCUGCUCACUGGAAGAAUACAAUCACUAUGACCGUAUUUGGCCAGAGGAAGACAGCGGUCGAAGGGUCCUCAUGCUACACUCCAGGGUCGAUGGCGAGCACUGGCGUCAGAUGGUUUACCCUAAAUACGAUCUAUUAUGUAUCGUCGCAGAUGAUUGGGAGUUCUUGACCAGCAAAUGGACAGAGGUCUCUUACUGGGGCAUUGUGUUAGAUGCUCACAAUGUGGCCGUCGAAUUCGAUCCGUCUUGGAAUCUCUCUCUUGAAAACAAAACAAGCACACCUUUCAUCGAGGAUGUCCCUGCUUCUCUGGAGUUUCUGCUCAGGUGGCUUUUCGGCCACAUAGGUAAUGAUGGGAGUCCGAAACCCAAGCUCAUUGUCCGGGAUAUGGACUGGAUAUUGCGGCAUCAUAUUAAUGGACCCCAGAUCCGCGACUUUGAUGAAGACGGCGGAGACACCACAUCCAUCGCUCGAGACAGCACCCUUUCAGAUUUCUUUGACCUUCUUGAUCAGGUGUAUUACGAGAAGUCACUGGAAAUCUACUGCUAUGAGACUUUUCUGGACCCUUGUGAUUGGGAUUAUGAAAUUGAAACAUCAAGUCACAGUCUGUCCUGGUCAUUGUUUAUUCUUUACUUCAAGGGCAGAGGCUAA